AUGACUUACCUGUUAGCCAACCACAGUUGUACGGCGUCUACUUUCUCGACACCAACACUCUUUGGUGCUCAAAUCCUCUCUGUGGACACCAACCUGGUCAAUAAUUACAGCUUAGAUGUCCCAACAGGCUGGAGAUAUACUCAACCUGACGUUAAUGUACAGAAUAUUACAUUCUGUAACAUUACGGUCACUUAUACACAUCCAGGGCUGAAUGACACCAUCAACGUUGAGACUUGGUUGCCCGUAGAAGACUGGAAUGAGAGGCUAUACGCGCCAGGAGGUGGAGGAUGGAUAGCUGGUCGCUUUAUACUUCAAUACGGGCCUAUGGCUGCCGCCAUUCAGGAAGGGUACGCCGCUGUAACGACAGAUGCUGGCGUAACGACAGAUGCUAGUAUGGGAAGUUCUCUGUCUGCAGAAUGGGCUCUUCUCAGUCCUGGAAACCUGAAUCUAGUUGCGUUCCAUGAUCUUGGAUAUGUUACUCUGAAUGAUGCCGCUAUCAUUGCCAAAGAAUUGAUACAGAGUUACUAUGGCCAAGCUCCAUCUUAUUCAUAUUGGAACGGGUGUUCUCAGGGUGGUCGACAGGGCAGUAUUCUUGCUCAACAAUAUCCUACGGCUUAUGAUGGGAUCAUCGCGGCGGCGCCCGCAUUGUUCUGGGCAGAAUUAAUGACAGUCUCGGUUUGGCCAGCAUUCUAUAUGGACUUCACGAAACAAUAUCCGCAUUCGUGCGAGUUAACAAAGUUAACAUCCCUUGCGGUCUCUGUAUGCGAUGAACUAGAUGGCGUGGAAGAUGGUCUUAUCGCCGAACCAGAGGAGUGCCGACAAAAAUUCUCUCCAUCCGACUACAUCGGAACUGUCUUCAACUGCUCAGCCACCGGAACGAACAUGAAAAUUAGCCCUGCUGCAGUGGCUGUUGCUAACGCUGUAUGGGAUGGUCCCAGCUUCUCCGAUGGUGAAUUCAUGUGGUAUGGAUAUGAAGUUGGAUCCGACCUAGCGAAAAUUGCCGCAACGACCUGUGAUGAGAACGGACAGUGUAUUCCUAGCGGCAGAGAACAGCUCCAUAAAAUGUAUCAAGGCUUUAUUCUAAGGGAUCUGUCGACCAAUAUCACGAAAGUCACUCACGAGGAGUUCGAUUAUAUGUUCCGUACCUUUAAACGAAUAUUCAGUUCAUCAAUGGCUGCAACCGAUCCUAAUCUCGAAGACUUCAAAAACGCGGGUGGUAAGAUGAUCACGUUUCACGGCCUAGCGGAUGAUGCCAUCACACCGGCCAGUACAUUGAAAUACUACAAACAAGUAAUGGAACUGGACAACAAAGCUUCCGACUUCUUCCAAUACUAUCGUAUCCCCGGACUCGCGCAUUGUUGGGGAGGCGCUGGAGGUCAGCCUCAGAGUAUGUUCGACCAGCUACGGCUGUGGGUAGAGAAUGGGACAGCACCCGAGGCAAGUCCCGUCAAAAUACAACAGUCAGGAAAUACGACGAGGGAUGAGAUCAUAUGUCCGUAUCCUAAGAAGGCGACUUUCAAGAAGGCUUGUACGAAAUCGGCUUUUACUGCAGAAUGCUGGUCAUGCGAAUAA